UGAGGCUCGUGGGGCCGGGGGGAAGCAAGAUGCUGACGGAGUAAACAAGCCACGUAUGGCCGGCGGGCUGUCUCUCCCGGGCCUCACGUGCCUGUAAUUUCUUGGUCUCGGGUUGUGACGGACAGGCCCGCUCUUUGACGUGUUGGGAGUUUGCCAAGUGCCGCGACUUUGGGCUGGCGUCAUGCUGCUGCGUUUCAGAUGUCACACAACCUCCGGAGUGACUCACCGAGCUGAAGGCAUUUGAAUGGCAAGAAGCAACCCCGUGACGUGUCAUUGUGUGUUGCGGUGAAUGUAAGAUGAUGGAAGCUACGUCUAACACACAGGAUGUCUUGCUGGUUAACUCAUCGUAUGCCACGGCCGCUGAGAGCAAAGAGGAUAUUGCUGAUGAUGCAGCUGACUCUGGGCGGUCCAUCAUGGGAGUUGAUAUAAAUGGUGCCUGUGUGAACAGUACUGGUAAUGUGCCAAACAGUGAACCAGCAGUGGACAACAGCAAUGUCACAGGCAAACACGAGGGCAAGAUUCACCAGCAUCAUGCUUCCAGUGUUAAAAGUGCUGUUGGUGAAGGAGAUGGCUGUCUGAUUGGAUCCAAGUCCGUUUCCAGGCCCACUGGGCCUUCCGGCAUUCCCCAGUUUGUCUCUGACUCACCGGAAAGCCUGUCACCAAAGUGCAGAUCAGAUGAGAGGAACGAUCCUUCCCCAGGUGUGGAUGGUUUCCAUGGCAACUUAAGGAAGUCUCAGGGAACUAAAUCUGAGAUGUUUGUUCAAAAAAGUGAAGCUUUGCAGUCGCUCAUUCUAAGUCUUCCUAUGCAAGAAACCGAUUUGCGUACUGUGGACCCAUCCUUGAAAGAGCAGAAUGAAGAACAAAUACGGUCAAAGGCUCAACGCCAUCUUGAUGAGCAACUCAAACAGUACAGAGUCCAAAGACACCAGCAAAGAUCAAAACAGUCAACACCAAAAAAUCAACGCUGCAGUACUUUGGACCCAGAGCUGAUGUUCCACCCGGAUGUCCUUCCCCGUGCCAGUACCCUUGCAUUGACUAAAGAAUACACUUUCUUGAGGACCAGCGUUCCCCGCGGACCCAAAGUUGGUAGUCUUGGAAUUCCGAACGUUUCCAAAGUUGAAAAGGGUUCAAAGGGUUCAAAAUCCAGCAAAAUAAGGUCCCUUGCGGAUUACAGAACUCCGAAUUCAGAUGCCGGAAGUAGCAUUGGAAGGUCUUCCAGUGCUGAAGCAUUAGGAUCCCUGAAAGAAAGUCGGACUGGAUCGUCUACCUCGGUCAUAUCUGAAAUAGGCUUUACAUCAGAAAAUGAUAAAUUGGAGACUUCAUUGCAUAUGGAGGACACCAGCUCCGAGAAUGACACCAUAGAGUUUGCAGCAAGGCAAGACGAGAAUGAAAGCGACAGCUCUUCAUAUAGCAGUAUAUCUACUACUGGCAUCUAUGGGGCCAUGUCCUCACUGGAUGCUGGGCAUAAAACCACAUACACCGUUGACGGACAAGAAAUGUCACCUGAUGACAUGGGGCACUUCCCUUCCAUCGGGGAGGUGCUGGAGGCAGCCGCGGCCACCACAGCGGGACUUCGAACCGAGCUGCAGGAAGUGAAUGGGGCAGUGCGGAGCCGAAGGGACAGUUUAUCCAGCAGUGUUUCCAUGGAAAGCUCCGUGCUGGAAUCCCACGAGGACCUCAUGCAGAUUCUUAAAGAAAAAAUGCGUCUUGAGGGUCAGUUGGAAGCUCUCUCCACUGAAGCUAAUGAGGGUUUGAAGGAGAAGACUGAACUGCAGGCUCAGUUAGCAGCCUUAAAUGCACAACUGCAGGCGCAGGAUGAGCAGAAGGUACUUAGUGAACAAAGGCAAAGCACGUUGACCUCAGAAGUGAGCACCUUGCGCCAGACGUGCUCCAGUCUAGAACAGGCCAUGACUGAGCUUCAGAGCAACCUCGAGACCAAGAACGCCAGCUUAGCUGGGCUAAACAACGAUCUCCAGGUGGCCGAGGAGCAGUACCAGAGGCUGCUGGGGAAAGUUGAGGAAAUGCAGCAGGCGAUAUUGAGCAGAGAUAACUCGGUUCAAGCUGCUCGGCAGCAGAUGGCAGUUCUUCAGAGCCAGCUUCAGCAAGUGCAGUUGGAUCGUUCCACACUGACGAGCCAGCUCAAGGCUUCCCAGUCUGAAGUAACUUCUCUGCAGCAGGUCAGGCAGUGGUACCAGCAGCAGCUGACAGUGGCACAAGAGGCAAGGGUGCGGUUACAGAGUGAAAUGGCCAGUGUGCAGGCUGGUCACAUGACUCAAACAGCAAUGCUGGAACAUCUGAAAAUAGAGAAUGUAUCUUUGUCCCAACAACUUACAGACACUCAGCAGAGAUCCAUCAAGGAGAAGGAGCGCAUUGCAAUCCAUCUGCAAAAUAUCGAGGUUGACAUGUUGGACCAGGAAAAGGCUUUUCAUCAGAUCCAGGAAGCAAAGGCAAUGGUGGAAGAUGAUUUGUCAAGGAAACUUGAGGAGUUUGAGGAAGAGCGUGAACAUCUUCAGAAAUUGGCUAAUUCUGCUUCAGCUUUGGAACGGGAUCUUGAGGAGGUUAAGUUAACCUUACAUCAGCGCGAACUCCAGUUAGAAGCUCUGCAACAGGAACAAAUGGAGCUUCUAAAGCAGCUCACCAGCUCCCAGGAGGCUUUACACACCAAAGACCAGUCCAUGAAUGAACUGCAGGCCCGUUACGAUGAACUGGAGGCCCGCCUCACAGAGAUUCAAACUGAAACAAAUGCCAAAGAAGAUACCAUCCAGUACUUGCAAAACGAGAAGAUUGUCCUGGAAGUGGCCUUACAAGCCGGAAAGAUGGAUAAAGGUGCGCUGGAGGAAGGAGCUAAACGGCUUGAGGAGGGAACUGAAGUGGUGUCUGAAGUUCUAGAACAACUUCGUCAGGAAAUUGCUGUCAAGACCGGGCAGGUGGAAAAUAUGCAACAAGAGAAUGCUACCUUUAAGAAACAGACUCAGAAACUGAAGGACCAGCUCGUUCAACAGAAGGUGAUGGUGGAGGCAUAUCGGCGCGACGCAAACGCAAAAGAUCAACUCAUAAGUGAGUUGAAAUCAGCGAAAAAGAAGCUGGAGUCGGCAGUGAAAGAGUUGAAGCAAGAAAUUGUCGCACUGCAAACGGAUAAGAAAUCCUCUCAGAAUGAACAUGUGCGGUUGCAGAAGGAAAUUUCUCGUGUCCACCAACAAAUGACCGAUCUGGAAAGCCAACUUCAGUCAGCACAGGAAGAGCGUGAUGAAUUGAACACAGAGCUUCAGUCGUUGCAGUUUGACAGGAGCCAGCUAAUGUCGCUCUCCCAGGAGAAUGAAGAGCUUAAGAAGCAAGUGGAGGAGAUGCAAGAAGAAACUAAAAAGGGUAUCUCUGAACAGAAGAACCGAAUGAAGAAACUUGGCACAGAUCUCACCACUGCACAGAAAGAAAUGAAAGCCAAGCACAAAGCUUACGAAAACGCUGUUGGCAUUUUGAGCCGUCGUCUUCAGGAGGCCCUUUCAGCAAAGGAGUCUGCUGAGGCAGAGCUCAGCAAGCUGAAAGAUCAGGUCAUAGAGGAUGGGGGCAGUAAUUUUCUGCAAGAGCAGAUCCAGGCUUUGCAACUGGAGCUGCAGGCAGUGAACCACAGCAAAUCCAUGCUCGAGAAGGAACUGCAGGAGGUGAUCUCCCUCACCAGUCAAGAAUUGGAGGAUUACCGAGAAAAGGUUUUGGAGCUGGAAGAUGAGCUUCAGGAGUCGAGAGGUUUUAGGAAGAAGAUCAGACGGUUGGAAGAAGCCAAUAAGAAAUUGACUCUAGACUUGGAGCACGAACGAGGGAAGCUGGUUGGCCUGAAUCAAUCCCAUGCUGCACUGAAAGAGCACACCAACAUCUUGGAGACUGCCCUGUCCAAGAGAGAAGCAGAUCUAGUGCAGCUUAACCUACAGGUACAAGCGGUUCUAAAGCGAAAGGAAGAGGAGGACCAGCAGAUGAAGCAAUUAAUACAAGCCUUGCAGAUUGCACUGGAAAAGGAGAAAGAGCAUGUCAAUGAACUGAAGCAGCAGGUUUCUGCAAAUAAAGCUGAGGCUGGACAUAAUCGUCGUCACUACAGAGCAGCUGCCCUGGAACUUAGUGAGGUGAAAAAGGAACUGCAAGCCAAAGAGCAACUGGUAGAAGCUCUGCAGGCAGAAGCUGAUAAACUCCAAGCCCAGGAUAAGGAGCAGUCUCAGGAAGUGGCUCGUUUCCAGGAGGAAUUGGCGGCAGCUCAUUCUCAGCUGAAAAUACUGCAAAGUCAGCUGAAUGAGCAGCUCCACAAACCGGCUGCUGUCAACCAGGAGGUGGAAGACGUGAAGUGGGAAGUUGAACAGAAGGAAAGAGAGCUCCAAGCCUUAAGGCAGCAAAUCUCAAUGACUGAGCAGCGAAGUCAGAAAGAGCUGGAAGGACUUCAGGAAGCCUUGCAGAGUAUUAAAAUGAAUCUGGAGGAACUGCAGGAGGAACUUUCAGCAACCCGCAAGGAUAAGUUCAUGCUCCAAACUAAGGUGAUGGAACUAAGAAACAGCAUGAAGACGUUACUACAGCAAAACCAACAGCUAAAGAUGGACCUCAAGCAGAGAAAAACACGCAAGCGAGUGGAAUUGAAAGGAGAUGCUGUUUCAUCAAAUCCUGUAACUCCAGUAAAGAUCCCUGAUUGCCCUGUACCUGCUGCCCUCCUUGAGGAAUUACUCAGGCCACCAACAGCUGUGAGUAAAGAGCCUCUGAACAAUCUACACAGUUGUUUAAAGCAACUCAGGCAAGAGAUGGACAGUUUACAGCGACAAAUGGAGGAGCACACGGUAACUGUGCAUCAGUCAAUGUCAUCAUGGACGCAGAUCGAAGGGCAGUUGAUGGAACUGACUGCAGACGGCCCUGUUACAACAGCAGAACAGUCAAGCAUUAAUCUAGCAACUGACCUGAGCAAUAGUGCAAAUAGUGACCACAUGGAUGGGAGCACUCAAUAGGGAACAAUUUCUGUACUGCCACACUCGGCAAUGCUGAUGAGUACGAAGCUUUUCCAUUCCUCCUUGAGAUUCAUUUACAUUCUGAUUUUGCUUGCCAAUCCAUCGGCAAGUAGUUAAGGAUCCCCUUUACACCAUCCUUUCAUGGCUUCACACCUGUAGUUUAAACCAACAGGCCUUGUGUGGUUUUUAUUGGCUACAGGGGCCUUACUAAGAGAAGGGGAAGAAGAGAUGGGGAGAGAUUAGCUUUAUUUAUCUUUGUGGAGGCAAGUCCAUCAUCGGCCAUGAAAUGGUAUGGACUGAAAUAGGAGAUAUUCAUCUCUAAUCAUCCCAAGCCUUUGUUCAAGAUGUGGGUAAAGAGCAUGAGGUGAGAUGUCUUUUAUUCAAGAAGGGCUUAAAAGGUUAAACAUAUUGAUUCUAAUUUAUUAAAAAUUUAACUGGGUGUAACUUUUGUAUUUGAGUUCUGAAAGUUGUCAAUUUAACUUGAAGUUGGAGGUGUAUUUAAGAGUUUAAGACUUGAGCAGCAUUUUGUUGGUGCCGAAAAAAAAGUCGAAAGUUUAACUGAGAACAAUAGUGUGGUUUGUACAGUGCAUUUUCACCUGAACAUUACAAAAUCUUUUAUUUCUUGGGGGUGGUGGAGAAGUAGUUUAAAAAAAAUGUAUGUUGCACCUUUUAAUCUCCAAGUUGUGGAGCAAGCCAAUAUAACUCGAUCCAACCUCAGUGACAAGUUCUCCUUUUGAAAGUAUUGGGCUUUGCUUCUGUUAACGCACUAAUACACGGAGUCAUCUAAAUAUAGCAUUUCCAUGUUUCUUUACACAUUGGUAGAGGCUUGAAUUUCUCAAGAAAAUGUUGGGUUUGAAUCCAUACAAGGCAUCUUUGGAGUAAGGUUGGGUAAAAACUUAUGGCACACCCUGUCCCCAGGGUCACAUUUGGGCUCAGUAAAUUAGAAAUGUUGCUCAUCCUUUCUAGGUGGGACAGUUCACUGGUUGGAACAGUAUAAAAGAAACUUACUACCUGUCACCUAGGAGUAUUUGCAAGUUGGUACUUAGUCACUUAAUGCUUCAUAGCUGGCAGCCUUGAAGAGAAAUAGAUAUUAUAUAUGUAUGGACCUUGGGUUGCAGCUUUUAAAAAAAAAACUUUAUAUGUAAUACAAAAUUCCAGUCAUUUUUUGCUUUGUUAUAAAGAGAAGGCAUGAUUAUACAACUCUCAAAUAAACUUAGAAACACCUUUAUUUCUUAUCAGUAGGUAGAAGUUGAGCUGGAGUAAUGGAAAAGGCUAACCAGAGCUACUUUAACCAUAAUUAACAUUUGCUCACUACAUCGAUUAUUGUUUCUAUCAUAGUAACUUGCUGUCUGGCAAUGCUGAAAUAGUAUGCUCGGUUAACAACACUCUUCAGUUUAAUUUCAGCUUCAUAUUUUUACAUUUUGUUUUGCCUUUACUCUGGAGACCAGCUUACUGCAGACUAUCUUGUACAGUACAAAAGCACCAUAAGCAUGUCGAGGAACUCUGUGCAUUAUAUUGCUGAGGAGCAAUGUGCAAUAAACUAUUUUUUGGUAAUUGUUUUUCCUGUAUGCUUUACUUUUAUUUACUUUUUAGUUAUCGGUACAACUUAUUUUCACAAUGCAUGUGAGAUCCAGAAUAAACUUGCUCAGUCAUCUUCAGAAUUAAUUUAUAGAUAUACAGUGGAUUCCAGCUAACUGGGACACAUUGGGGCAGUAUAUAUUGUCCCAUUAAGAGGCUGCCCCAAUUAGGCAAAGUUCCAUGGAAAUAGUUAAAAGGUAGUUUGAAAAAAAGACAAGCUACCAUUUAACUGAGUAACAAUUUAUGUAUUUAAAUGAAAUGCAGAACAAAUUAGAACACUACCAAUAUCUCUACAGUAUUAAAACUGUAUUAGUUCCUAAUAGUUAUCAACAGAGGAAUUCAUCCACUGUGUGCUGCCAUGUUCUUUUGAUUGGCUGUAAAUGAGCAAAAUCUAGUGCAGAUAAUGGACUGGCUUUCAACGAUUGCAUCUUCCAAAUCUUCAUUUUCAUUGUAACAUUCAACAUGAUUGCUGAUACCUUCAAAUUGUUCAUAGUUCCUAAUUUGAAGUACAGUAGUGGAAUUGUUUCAUUUUCACUGGGCUAUUUCUGGUAUCUCCAAGCCUGAAUGCUUGAAACCGCAGUGAGCAAAACUAUUCUGAAUUGUCUUGCUUAUUUCUCACCAACUAUCAGAGACAAAAAAAUCACUGCUUUUUGAUUAGAAACACACAACUGAUGCUAUUUUAAAAACUGACUGCUGUAAUCACAGUGUGGUUUCUAAUGGCCACACAAGUGCACGUUACUGACAUUAGUUAGAAACUGUUUGGCAACAGCUUCCAUUCCCAAAUAAGCUCCAUGGUGGCCCAAGUAAAUGAAGGGAAUCCCAGCUGUUUUCUUGAUUAGUCUUUGUUCUUUAAGAGUUGUUCCAAAUACAGUAAACAGCUGUCCCAAUUAACUAAUGGUCCAAUUAACCGGAAUCCACUGUCUAUGCAGCUUUGUUUAAAGCAUAAUUGAAGCUGAAGAAUAACAUAAUUAAUUGCAUCUCCUCACUUUUAUUCCGCAAUCCCAUAAGUAACUAUAAUCUAAUAUGUCCCUUUGUGGCUAAGUGAUGUGCAGAAAAUAAUCCCUGUGCGAGGAUAAUUGAUCCAAAGGAAAUAAUUGUGAAGCAUUUAACAUCAAUUAGCAAAGGUAAAUCUUCAGCUGCUUGAAGUUGAUGCUUGAAUCCUAGACAAUUAAAAAAUAUAAAUAUAUGAAUUUAGUUUUAUUCUUCAUGUGUUUUAAAUUUUGUACUAUGGAGUAUGUUUCAAUUCAGUUAGUCGGGCCUGCAUUGGACAACAGGUGUACGGCCUUGCUGAGAUGUUGCCUUUAUAGGUUUGUUGAAUGUUACCAAAUUUGUUCUGUAAUUACUUGUCAGGAAAUUAUGGCCAUUAUGUAAAUAUUCUAAAAUAAUACAACUAUCCAGACACUGACAGGAUAUGACAACCCUAUAAAGCCUCUGGUUUAAACACAUUACUGUUUUUGUGUCUACAUGUUCUUAUUUUAAUUUAAAAUCUAUUAAAAUUAAUAUAUGUUGGACAGGAGGAAUGUCUUUCCUAUAAUUAAAUCUUUAUAAUUUAAAAAUUAUUACAGUCAACUUUGUUGACAUCACUGCACAGAUUAUUCCUCACCUCCCAGAGAAUAUGCAAUUUGUUUGAUAUUUCUUGGAAUUUGUGUUUUUUUUUUAAGAACAUUCUUUGAGUUUUUAAAAACUAUUACAUAGCUACUGCGGU